GCUGACUGACAGCAGCGCGGCGGUGGUUGAGUGGAGGAGCAGCUCCAGCUCUCGGGACUCGGCUCUGUGAAGCAGCACCUCCUGCUCUGUGGAGGAGCUCAGCGAACUUCAUGUCUGCUCCGCCGGAAGUCUGUAGAAUGUGUGCCCGCGGGUAGCAGAAACUUUACAGACACUCACCGACAGAGUUUGAAAACAUGGCAGCCUCCGAACUGUACUCCAGGUAUGCCCGUGUAUGGGUCCCAGAUGCAGCCGAGGUGUGGAAGUCAGCGGAGCUUAUCAAAGACUACACUGCUGGAGACCUGAAGCUGUCCCUGCAGCUGGAGGAUGGCACGGAGGUGGAAUACAAAAUAGACCCCAGAACCAACGACCUGCCACCUCUAAGAAACCCCAACCUCCUGGUGGGGGAGAAUGAUCUCACGUCGCUCAGCUACCUCCACGAGCCAGCAGUGCUGCACAACCUCAAAGUGCGCUUCAUUGACUCCAAGUUGAUUUACACGUACUGUGGAAUUGUCCUGGUUGCCAUAAAUCCCUAUGAGAGCUUGCCCAUAUAUGAAGCUGACAUCAUCAAUGCCUACAGUGGGCAGAACAUGGGGGACAUGGACCCCCAUAUAUUUGCAGUGGCAGAGGAAGCAUAUAAACAGAUGGCCAGGGAUGAAAGAAACCAAUCCAUCAUAGUGAGCGGCGAGUCUGGAGCUGGCAAAACCGUCUCUGCUAAGUAUGCUAUGCGUUACUUUGCCACAGUCAGCUCCUCUGGUGAGACCAGUGUUGAGGAUCGAGUCCUCGCCUCCAGCCCCAUCAUGGAGGCCCUUGGGAAUGCCAAGACAACAAGGAACGACAACAGCAGUCGCUUCGGGAAGUACAUUGAGAUUGGGUUUGACAAGAAGCAUUGUAUAAUUGGUGCUAACAUGAGAACCUACUUACUGGAAAAGUCCAGAGUGGUGUUUCAGGCCCGUGAAGAAAGAAACUAUCAUAUAUUCUAUCAGCUGUGUGCCUCGUCACAUCUACCAGAGUUCAAAGCCUUUAAGUUAGGUUGCGCAGAUGACUUCCACUUUACUAACCAGGGUCAGAGCCCAGUCAUAGAUGGAGUUGAUGAUGCCAAGGAGAUGAAUAAUACCAGGAAGGCCUUCUCACUUUUAGGAAUCUCUGAAAGUGAUCAAAUGGAAAUUUACCAAAUUCUGGCGUCUAUUCUCCACCUUAGCAAUGUGGAGAUUAAAGAUCAGUCAGCAGACAGAAGCAGCAUCUCGCCAGAUGAUGUGCACCUGAUGGUGUUUUGUGAGCUGAUGGGGGUUCCAUGCGAAGAAAUGGCCCACUGGUUAUGUCACAGGACGCUCAAGACAACCACAGAAACCUACGUGAAGUCUUUCUCCAAAGUGAACGCGGUCAAUGGCCGAGAUGCCCUGGCUAAACACAUCUAUGCCAAACUCUUCAGCUUGAUUGUGGGCAGUAUUAACAACGCCUUAAAAUCUGCAGCAAAACAACACUCAUUCAUCGGUGUGCUCGACAUUUACGGGUUUGAAACAUUUGAUGUGAACAGCUUUGAGCAGUUUUGCAUCAAUUAUGCAAAUGAGAAGCUUCAACAACAGUUCAACCUGCAUGUUUUCAAAUUGGAGCAAGAGGAGUACAUGAAAGAGGAGAUCUCAUGGACAUUGAUCGACUUCUAUGACAACCAGCCGUGCAUUGAUCUAAUUGAGGCAAAGCUGGGGGUCCUGGACCUCCUUGAUGAGGAAUGCAAGAUGCCAAAAGGGUCUGAUGACACAUGGGCCCAGAAACUGUACAACACCCUUCUGAAGCAGAAUGUCCACUUUGAUAAACCCAGGUUAUCAAACAGAGCUUUCAUCAUCCAUCACUUUGCAGACAAGGUGGAGUACCAGUGUGAGGGCUUCCUGGAGAAAAACAAGGACACGGUCAAUGAGGAGCAGAUAAAUGUGCUGAAAAACAGCCAGUUUGAUUUGCUUCUGAAACUGUUUGAGGAAGAUGAGAAGGCAAAGGGUUCCACUAAAAAACGUACUGGCGUAACUGGAAGGGCCGGUCCGAGUCAGAAGGAUAACAAGAAGACUGUUGGACUGCAGUUUCGACAGUCUCUACGUUUGCUGAUGGACACACUUAAUGCUACGAGUCCUCACUACGUACGCUGCAUUAAGCCAAACGAUGAUAAAUCUCCAUUCACCUUGGACCCUAUGAGGGCAGUGCAGCAGCUGCGAGCAUGUGGUGUCCUCGAGACAAUCCGGAUCUCAGCAGCCGGCUUCCCAUCUAGGUGGACUUAUCAAGAAUUCUUCAGACGUUAUCGGGUCCUCAUGAAGCAAAAAGAUGUUCUUAAUGAUAGAAAACAGACAUGCAAAAAUCUCCUCGAAAAACUUGUGAAGGACCAGGAUAAGUACCAGUUUGGCAAAAACAAGAUCUUCUUCAGGGCUGGUCAGGUGGCUUACCUGGAGAAGCUGCGUUCCGACAAGCUGCGUAUGGCUUGUGUCAGCAUCCAGAAGACUAUCCGCUGCUGGUUGGCCCGCAAAAAGUAUCUGAGGAUGAAGGCUUCUGCCGUAACCAUUCAGAGAUAUGUACGGGGCCACCAAGCACGUUGUUUUGUUCAGGGUCUACGAAGAACCAGAGCAGCCAUUGUCAUCCAGCGGAACGUGCGCAUGUGGGUGAACAGGAGACACUAUCAGCAGCAGCGCUUGGCAGCUAUCACCAUCCAGUGCUUCUUGAGGGCCUACAUGGCAAGAAAGCAGUAUUAUAAGUUGAUGUUUGAGCAAAAGGCUGUUGUGAUCCAGAAGUGGGUGAAAGGCUGGCUGGCCAGACAGCAUUACAAACGCACCAUGGCAGCUAUCGUCCUGCUGCAGAGCUGUGUGCGCCGCAUACAGGCCAAGAAGGAAUUCAAGAAGCUGAAGGUGGAGGCGCGCUCUGUUGAGCACUUUAAGAAGCUCAACUUUGGCAUGGAGAACAAAAUCAUGCAGCUGCAGCACAAGAUAAAUGACCAGCAAAAAGGAAACAAAGAGCUCCGUGAGAGGCUGAGUGUGGUGGAGAAGACCCAGAGUGUGGAGAGAGAGAGACAGAGCAGAGAGAUUGAAAACCUACGUAGUUCCGAGCAGAAGGUCAGAGCCAAGGCAGAGAAACUUCCCUCUCUGCUGGAGCAGCUCUCCUUCCUUCAGCAUGAGUUGGAAAACACGCGCAGAGAGAAAGAAGAUCUGGAGGAGCAGACAAAGGUCUAUAAGGAGCAGACUCAACAGGUAGUAGAAGAGCUUAAUAUGAAGAACAGCUUGUUGAACAGUGAAAAAGACGAACUCAACACAUUAUUCGUUGAACAAACACAAAAGUUAACAGAGAUUAAAACCAACGUUGAGAACACUAAACAGAUGGAGAAGGACUUCACGGAAGAACGUUCUCGCUACCAAGGUCUGCUGAGUGAACACCUGCACCUGGAGGAGCGGCACAGAGACCUGAAAGAGAAGAUGGAUCUCAGCAUUAGUUCAAGCAAACCUGGUCACAAGAGGACAGACUCCAACUACAGCAGUAACUCCUCAGAGUUUAGUCACAGCUUAGCUUCUACAGAGGGAGAGGACAGUUCUACACAAAAAGAGGAUGAGACCCAGGCCACGGUGGACCUGCCGGUGCUUCUGAAGCUCCAGAGAAGAGUGAAGGAGCUGGAGCAGGAGAAACAGUCACUGUGGCAGCAGCUGGAUAAGAGAGAAGAAGCCAAACAAGAAAAGGCAAAAGAGGUGGAGGAGCAGAGAACUGUUGGCCGAACAGAACUGGAUUUGGAGACACUGAAGAGGCAAGAGUUGGAGUCUGACAACAAGAGGCUGAAGCAGGAUCUGAACGAGCUGCGAAAGUCUCUGACCAAUGAGAACAGUGACUUGAUGCCUCCUGACCCUGGUACUCGGCCCUACGAGGUACUGAUGGAACAACUCACCUCCUCCAACGAUGAGCUGGAGAUGAGAAAAGAAGAAGUGCUGCUGCUUCGAUCGCACAUGGUCCGCCAAGAAGCUCUUAAACAUAAGGACUCUCCACUGGGUGAGAGUGUGAAAUUAGGCCUCAGUGAAAUUCCCUCCUUUCAAGACAUUGACAGAUCCCUGGAUAUCCAUACUCUGAAUGAAGAUGGAGAGCUAUGGCUGGCUUAUGAAGGCUUAAAAGAGACCAACAUGUUCCUGGAGAGCCAGAUGCAGGAGCAGGAGCGUGUUCACAGUGAGAAGUGCCAGAGUCUUCUCGAGGACGUGAACAAGCUGAAGGAUGAGAAGGAGCAGCAGCAGAAGCUGUUGGCUCAGAGCCUCCUUCUGCCUGAAGACGCCAGAAUCGACGCGAGCCUGAAGCAUGAGAUCAUACGGCUCACCAAUGAUAACCUGGAGAACAUGGAUCGGCAAGAAAAACAGGACAAAACCAUACGCAAGUUGAAAAAACAACUUAAAUUUUACAUGAAAAAAGUUGGCGAUAUUGAAGCAAACACUCAACAAAUGAUCGAUGCCUCUGCAAUGAACGCUCCCAUGAGAGCUGUUAAUAUCACCCGCAAGGAGAAAGAGUAUCAGGGCAUGUUGAAGUACACGGAGGGUGAGGAGAACCGCCUGCUAAAAAAUCUGGUCUUAGAUCUGAAGCCUCGCGGCGUAGCAGUAAGCUUGAUUCCUGGGCUUCCUGCCUACAUCAUCUUUAUGUGCCUCCGAUACGCGGACAAUGUGAAUAAUGACCGGAGAGUCAGCAAUCUGCUCAAUUCCACCAUCAGCAGCAUUAAAGGGGUCAUCAAGAGACGAGGAGGUGAUUUUGAAGUAGUUUCCUUUUGGUUGGCCAACAGCUGCCGGCUGUUGCACUGUUUGAAGCAGUACAGUGGAGAUGAGGUCUUCAUGACGCACAACACUGUCAAACAAAACGAGCAGUGCUUGUCCAACUUUGAACUGUCAGAGUACCAGCAGGUCUUUGGUGACCUGGCCAUUCAAAUCUACUGUCAGCUCAUCAAGAGCAUGGAGAACGUCAUGCAGCCCCUGAUAGUGGCGAGCAUGCUGGAGCACGAGACGAUUCAGGGAGUCCUGGGGUCCAAACCGACAGGCCUGAGGAAGAGGAGCACGAGUUUCCCAGAGGAGGAGGCGGUCACCGUGGAAGUCCUCCUGCAGCGUCUUGGCGUCUUCCACACCACCAUGAGUCAGCAUGGGAUGGACCCAGACCUCAUCAAACAGGUGGUGAAGCAGCAGUUCUACAUCAUCUGCGCAGUCACCCUCAACCACCUGCUGCUGCGGAAGGACAUGUGCUCCUGGAGUAAAGGCCUGCAGAUCAGGUACAAUAUUUGGCAGCUGGAGGAGUGGCUGGCGGAGAGGGAUCUGGCAGACUGUGGUGCCAAGGAGACUCUGGAGCCGCUGGUACAGGCCGCACAGCUUCUGCAGAUCAAGAAGAAGACGGAGGCAGAUGCCCAAGCUAUCUGCAGCAUGUGCACCGCCCUCACCACGGCACAGAUUCUAAAAGUGUUGACCCUGUACACUCCAGUGAUUGAAUUUGAAGAGCGAGUGCCCACCGCUUUCAUCACAACUAUUAAAAACAUUUUGAAAGACAGAGGCGAGUCAGCCACUUUGAUGAUGGACGGCAAGAAGAUCUUCUCCGUCACGCUCCCCUUCACACCCUCCACUGUGGCUCUGGAGACCAUCCAGGUUCCUGCUAGUCUUAAUCUGAGCUUCCUCACCCGCAUCUAAACCUGCUGCCUCCGACACCAUGUUCUCUGUGUUUCGUUUACCCGAGUAAAAAAAACAACCAAGUUUUUCACCAAAGGUUUUGACCUUUUCUGUAAAGUUUUAAAGAUUCCUUCUGCAGUAGAGAAAUGCUAUGUUGUUUACAGGCCUCAGUGCAUUAGCUGUACACCAAAGAGUAAUAACUGUAUGAACAGUGAAUAUGCAAAACAUUCUUUUAUUAUGUAAUUUCUUGUCACACCUGAUAUUUUGCCAAUACAGGUGUAGAAUUUGUGGUUUCCUUCAUGUAUUCCUGUAACUGUAACUUUAGGAGAACUGUAUUAUAGCUGGAACUUUAUAUUUCUACGACUCCAUAUUCCAAGUGAUGGUAUUUAUGUCAAGACAAGUUGAAGGAGCCAAUAGUAACUCUUGUAUCUGUAGUUAACUAGUCCAAAUGCUGUUGGUCGUUUUAAGGGAUGGUGUCUCAGGAAGAGGGUUUGAUGUGUUUAAAACUGCUGCACAAAUGGGUUCACUCCGUCAUGAGGUGUUAUAGAUCUUAUAGAUCACAAGCUCAGUGUUUUUGUUCUAAAGUGGUGCCUGUGAACCACCCGGGAGUCUGUAAGAAAACGUAGAAGAUUUUAAUCAAGUUAAGUAUUUCUCUAUGUCGACCCUGACACAUCACUGUUUUGUUAUCUGAUGCUUUAAUGUCAUUUAGUAUAAAAAAUAUUAUUUAACAGGAGGUGAACUUCACGAAACAAAUAUAAAACAAGUAAUAAGGCAGAUAAAGGAAAGGAGUGUCUGUUUUGAAAUAUGUGUAAAACUAUAUGUGUUGCUCUUUGGCACAGGGGGGAUGGAGUCUGAUACAAAGAAUAAAAUGAACCAAGGUGCUACUGCUGUGGGAAAAAACAACUUUAUUAUAGUGUCUAAUUCUGAAGAUAAAAAAUGACUCAAGUCACCCUUCUCAUCGUUUCCACAGUAAGAGUGCCUUGGUUUAUUUAUUUUUAGUAUCUAAACAAAAUGAUUAGUAAUCUGCACUUUAAUCCUCAUGUAUUCGGGAGCAGAGCUUCAGAUUGGAUUUGGACUUGAUGCAAGAGACCUUUCUUCUGAGAGUCCUUCACAUGUGAAGUUUGACUCUUUUGUCUUUGGAUUCAUUUAAAUUUUGAAAUGUACAUGUAACCAACUGAUGUAACUAACUCUAUGAAAGAUAGAUCUUAAAUACUCAAAACUCUGCUUUUAAAAUACAUUUUUAUUUUUUCAUGUU